AGCUUUAGUGCAACAGUCAACAGCUUAACAGUAAAGCCGAAUAUUUAAGGAUAUUUCCAUCCAACGACUGGCAUCAGUUCGAUUGUAGCAACGAAACAGUUGAGAUCAAUCCACGAAACAGUUUGGCACUGACAUCAGUUCAUGGAGUAUCGUCGGCGAAUUCAAGUGAAUAAAAAAAAAUAAAAAUCUAAAAAGUGAUUUUACCAAAAGUAUUACCAACAAAGUGUAAAUCCCUUAAAUUAAUUGGCUUCUCCCUAAAUGAUGAUAAUUUACCCGUCGAUAUUUGCACAUCACAGAGCAUAUAUAUUUGAACAUUGUGCGGCGGAUAAAUUCGUCAAAUAUUUCACACAUUUAUUUUGCGUAUGAAAAUAUUAUGAUUUUGUUUUUCAAAUUCAUGAACAGUUUUGCAUAAAUCUUUUUUUUAAUGAGUGUAACAAAAACUGGCAAAUAAAUUAAAGAACCGAAAAAGUGUGUAUUGAAGAAUAAAAGUAAUUAAACAGUAUUUCUAUCGAACAGUAAAAUCAAAAAUUGUUUAGCAAACUUCAGCUAAAGUUCUUCAAACUUGAAGCCUUUUUGAGAUCCGUUCUUUGUCGUAUGUGCGACACAGAGAGGGAGAGGAACAAAUGAAUGAUAUAGAACGAAACCGAAAAAGUGUGUCAUGUUAAAAAUCAAGCCCUAAAAAGUCUUGCACGUACCAAUACCGAGUGGAAAACCAUUUUUCCCGUUUUUGGUGUGAAUCGGCGAACGUUUUUCGAACAGAGGCAAAAGAUACGAGUGUUCGGUAUUGCAAUGACGGUUUCAAAGGAAUAACUAAAAUGCAUCAGGACAAUUCAAAUGGACAAAUAUUUUGUGUAACACUAGUGGAAUGCUAUUCUGAGUGAUCCAUACCACUUAUCUAUGGUACUUUUGUCAACUAAAAAAAAAUCAACCGCUGAACACAACGAAGAAGAAAAAGCAACAGUAGCAGUAGCAGAAAAAAGUUCACACAAAACACAAUUGGGAACAAGCGCGCAGAUAGAUCAGUAGGCAGAUCAAUCAUAUUUUACACCACAACACCAAAUAAUGUACGGUUUGUUGUUGGAAAAUUUGGCCGAAUAUAUCAAAAUCAAUUAUGGCGAAGAUAAAUGGGAUGAAAUUCGACGACAAGCCGGCAUCGAUGCACCAUCAUUCAGCGUACAUCAAGUGUAUCCGGAAAAUUUACUUAAUAAAUUGGCGAAAAAAGCGCAACAAGUUUUAAAUGUGCCAGAAAAAGAGUUUAUGGACCAGAUGGGUGUGUGUUUUGUUAGUUUUGUAAGUCAAUAUGGUUACGAUCGUGUUCUGUCUGUGUUGGGCCGUCAUAUGCGUGAUUUUCUCAAUGGAUUGGACAAUUUGCAUGAAUAUCUGAAAUUUUCAUAUCCUCGAAUGAAGGCGCCAUCGUUUAUUUGUGAAAACGAAACAAAACAAGGUCUCACGCUACACUAUCGCUCGAAGCGUCGCGGCUUUGUUUAUUAUACAAUGGGACAAAUUCGUGAGGUGGCCCGACAUUUUUAUCACAAAGAAAUGCAUAUCGAAUUGAUAAGAGAGGAGAUUCUAUUCGACACGGUGCACGUGACAUUUCAAUUGACUUUCGAUAAUCGUGCAUUCACCCUGGCAUCGCUAGCAAUGACACGUGAGGAAAAGCACUUGCCAAUCAGUGCAUCAGUUCUCUUCGAAAUAUUCCCAUUUUGUGUUGUAUUCGGAUCCGAUAUGGUGGUGCGUAGCAUUGGAAAUUCAUUGCUUGUCAUUCUACCUGAACUAGUCGGCAAAAAAAUAACGGCGUGGUUUGAUUUGGUCCGACCCUUGAUAGCUUUCAAAUUCCAAACUAUUUUGAAUCGAACCAAUAAUAUAUUCGAAUUGGUUACGGUGGAACCGGUGCCAGAUCGUUUGGAAACACUCAACAAAGAUAUUCUAGGCAGUGAAAUUGAGGGAGAUGAAAAUCGAAAUCUACGAUUGAAAGGUCAAAUGAUUUACAUGGAAAAUUGGAGAAUGAUUAUGUUUCUAGGUACACCAGUGAUGCCGGAGUUAACGUCAUUAAUAAAUACAGGGUUAUACAUAAAUGAUUUGAGUAUGCAUGAUUUUAGCCGUGACUUGAUGCUGGCAGGUACACAGCAGUCAGUUGAGCUGAAAUUGGCAUUGGAUCAGGAGCAGCAAAAAUCGAAAAAAUUAGAGGAAUCAAUGCGUAAAUUGGACGAAGAAAUGCGACGAACCGAUGAAUUACUAUAUCAAAUGAUACCGAAGCAGGUGGCGGAUCGUUUACGACGUGGAGAAAAUCCAAUUGACACCUGCGAGAUGUUUGAUAGCGUUUCGAUAUUAUUUUCGGAUGUUGUAACCUUUACGGAAAUCUGCAGUCGAAUCACUCCAAUGGAAGUUGUGUCAAUGCUCAACGGAAUGUACUCGAUAUUUGACACACUAACCGAACGCAAUAACGUGUAUAAGGUCGAGACAAUAGGUGACGCUUAUAUGGUGGUGUCUGGUGCGCCCGAAAAAGAUUUCAACCAUGCUGAAAAAGUCUGUGAUAUGGCCUUAGAUAUGGUGGAAGCAAUUACUGAUCUCAAAGAUCCAUCGACUGGAACUCAUUUGCGUAUACGGGUGGGUGUACACUCCGGUGCGGUGGUUGCCGGUAUUGUUGGCCUGAAAAUGCCGCGCUACUGUCUGUUCGGUGAUUCGGUUAACACAGCUAGCCGAAUGGAAUCGACCAGUGCCGCAAUGAAAGUGCAUAUAUCUCAAUCGACGAAAGAUUUGCUUGGGCCAAAUUAUCGAGUGAAAGAACGCGGCGAGAUUGAUGUUAAAGGUAAGGGUGUUAUGAAAACGUAUUGGCUUGAAGAACGGGAGAAUCGUCCCAAGCUGGGGCACAUCACACCGCAAACAAAUACCCCAGUGCAAUCGUCAAUCGUGAUGAAUUCGUUGCGGCGCGAUUCAUUAAAAGAUCCUCGACGACGAAGCAAUUCGGUGUUUGGCUACACGAGAAAACCAAUUAGCCCUCCACCACCAGCCAUCGAAGAUCGGCAUCGCAUUUAUUCGCCCGUUAUGUUUGAAGACGUUGCAAUGCAUAGUAUGUCAGGUUCGCCGGUAAAAGGGACUUAUAGUCCACCACGUGGUCGUGAUUCACGUUCGAACUCAACGGGACACGUUUUCAUGCAUAGUCCAAGCGAAUUGUUUGGUUCUUUAAUCAAUGAUACCGAAGAGUUCUUUGAAGAUAUAACGAAUAACCGCAAAGUUGAAUCGGCAUCUAAUUUACAAUCAAGUGUGCAAUCAACACCAGCAUUCAGUCCACGGCGAAUACCAAGAGCGUUUAGCUCAGGCUCUUCUUCAAACAUGCUGCCCCCAUCAACAGCCCCACCGCUAAUCAGUAGUUCGACCUCAAGUGCGGGCCGUGAUCAACUUACGGCAAAAGAAAUGAUUGACUAUAGCCGACCGUCGACCUCAUCGAUGGUGCAACCUUCUAUCCACAACUUAACCAAACAAGCAAAUUUGGCUUUGGCUGUUGUGAACCACCGUUCAAAUGAAUCCAUAAAUAAGGAAAUUCAGAAGGUCGACAUUAACAAUAUACCUUCAAAUGCUAGUCAAGUGAAUCGAAAGUGUCCAAUGAACUCAAAAAAUUUGCGCGCUUUCGAGCAAAUGGAUAAAAUGAUGGACGAUAUUCUAGUGAAUGACAUAUCUGGUAUGUGCCCAUUUAAUUUUGGAUCGCAACACCAUAAACCGCCACCCAACUCAAAAUCGGAUGGACACAUUUGUCGAUCGAAUAAAAACUCACAGAAAAGCGCCGAUUCCGCCGCCAGUAGCAGUAAAAUGUCGAAUAGCCAAAGUUUUUCGAAUAAUAAGUCACAUCAAUGUUGCUCCGGUCACCAGAAUGGUCGACAUCGCGUCCAUUCACAAUGCAAUAUCAUCUAAAUGCCGUAGAUGGAAAAGAGGCCCCUGCCGAUGAAUACUCUACUGUGCACAGCAUGUACAGUACAUCAUAAUUCAUGCAUUGCUCAUUUAAAUAUGCAAAUUCUAUUGUUUUGUACAAAUAUUUUGUAUGUCCUUUGACAAUAGUGAGACAGCAACGCCAUGGAAUAAGAUACUUGAGUGAUUAUUGGGAUUUAAAUGGAAUCAUUCAAAGUAUAAAGGAACGAAAUAGAAUCGGCAAGGAAACAAAUGAUUCCUAUUGAAACUGGAUUGAAAGGUCGAAUGAUGUGUACCGCGAAUUCUAUCAUUAUUAUGCAUUUGUCUGUAUCAUUAUCAAUCAGAUUGUUUCCAAUCGCUAAUGCAUUCAUACAAAAUAUUCAUAGUGACAAACAAUGAUCAACAUUGAAACGAAAAUCUCAGUAAAUGGUAUAUUUAAUGUAGCCUAAGGAAAACACAACAAAUGAAAAUGCCAUUCAGGAUACAAUGGACAAUAAACUGUAGACAAAACAGUAAAACUUGUGAACAAUUUUUCUUGUAUUUAUCAUAGUAGCUGAAUUACGAUACAACAAAUCAAAGAUAUUCAUAUUCAAUUAAGUGAGAAAAAUCAAUUAAAAUUGAAAAAGAAAACCGAAAAAAAAUUGUUCAAACGAAAAUGAAGCGGAUUGUUUUGUUUUUCAUUCCAUUGUUUUGCCGGUCAAAAUGGAAUACCAAUUGAAGGAACCAGAAUCGAUAUCGAUUUUAGUAGAUAGAAUGAUAAAUUAGAAAAGUGCAAUCGAAUUGAAAAAAAAAAACAACAAAAAGAAUUAAAAGAUGAAAUCGUUGGAACUGUCACGUUUCAAAGAAGCAAAGCUUUAAUUGAAAGUCACUUUGUUGAUUUUGAAUAUUUUAACACAAUACUUAGUAUAGAAAUUCACGUUUUUAAAUGAAUGUUAACUGUUGUUGCAACAAAUACAUAUAUAUGUAUAAAAAUGCUAUUUUAGACUAAUGCUAUUUAAUGACCACAUCAAACGAAAUGGGUAAUUUUCGCAUCGAUACUAACACGGAGAAUGAAAUAUAAGACAAUGAACUACUACUUCGAACUGAACCAAUUCGAGAAACAAAAUUGAAUGUUGUCGAAAACAUAUAUUAGGUAUUUUAAUUCUCGGUUUUUCUAUUUCACUCUUUUCAGAAUUUUGAACGAAAAUUUAGGGUUGAAAUUAACCGAAUUUUUAGCAAUCGGAAUUGGCCUAUUCAAUUUUUAUGAAGUUUACUUUCAUUUGACUGCUUUUUUAAAGAAAAAAAAAACUAAUAUUAUGAUUGCUCAAAUGUUUCGAAAAUAUGCUCAACAAACAAUUGUAGGCUGAUUACACAUCAAUUUAAUUUCAAGAGAAAAUUGUGUUUGGUUUAAGGAGAAAUGGAAUGUAUCGAAUAUUUUGUUUGUGAUUUGUGUUGUUGCUACGAACAGUAGGUUGUUAGAUAAGCCCAAAUUAGGAGGCACUAUAACUUUUUCUUUUCUUCAAACAAAUACAUUUGACAAGUGUCACCGAGGGAAAAGCCUUGAAUUUUAAGAUCAAAUUUAAUUAUAGUUACAAAGGAAAGAGAAUAUAGACACCGAAUAUCACCAUCAAAACAAUAAAACAAUGAACUAUUUUUCGGAUCUAGCUGAAUUUUUGUGGAUAGUAUCACAUAGAGAAUCAAGAAUCUAUCGAAUUGUUCGCCACAAAUCGAAUAAUAAAAACUUUAUUUAUGUGUUUUCAA